CCACAAAUCACUUUUUGCUACAAAUUACAAACUUUUUUCGCUUUUUAUCUUCUUUUGCCUCUUUGAUUCUUUAUCACAAAAAAAAUGGAAGUUUCAGUGAUUGGUAACCCUCAAGCGAAGUUUUGCAGAUCAGAGUUAGCUUGCAGGGAGCUCGGGUUUAGAUUUGGCUCCGACGUAUUUUCCGGUGAAUCGAGGAAUAAAGUUAGUUUCUUGAGCUCAAAAUUGAAGGAGAUUAAGAUCCGGUGCUCUGCGAGAUAUGUCAAAUGCGAAGCUAUCGUCUCCGAUCAAGCUCCGUUUCUGAAACACACUCCAAACUCUAGAGCGCUUGAGAGCGUGAGACUAUUCGUUGGGCUACCUCUAGACACAGUAUCAGAUUGCAACAACGUGAACCAGAGGAAAGCUAUUACCGCUGGGCUCAAAGCUUUGAAGCUACUCGGUGUGGAGGGAGUUGAGUUACCAAUUUUCUGGGGAGUUGUUGAGAAAGAAGCUGCAGGGAAAUAUGAAUGGUCAGGGUACUUAGCUGUUGCGGAGAUUGUUAAGAAGGUUGGACUCAAACUUCAUGUGUCGCUCUCUUUCCAUGGUUCCAAAGACCCGGAGAUUGGUCUACCUGACUGGGUGGCGAAGAUUGGUGAAACUGAACCUGGGAUGUAUUUUACAGACAGAUAUGGGAAAGAGUUUAAAGAUUGUUUGUCGUUUGGAGUUGAUGAUGUUCCUGUUCUUGAUGGGAAGAGUCCUAUGGAGGUUUAUGGUUGUUUCUGCGAGAGUUUUAAGUCUGCUUUCUCAGAUUACAUGGGCAACACAAUCACGGGAAUCACAUUAGGUAUGGGACCAGACGGAGACCUAAAGUAUCCUUCUCAUCAACACGAGACUCAUCUCUCUGGUGCAGGAGAGUUCCAGUGUUACGACAAACACAUGCUUUCAGCUCUCAAACACUACGCUGAGUCCACAGGAAACCCUCUUUGGGGACUUGGUGGUCCACAUGAUGCUCCUGCUUACGAUCAACAGCCUCUUUCCACAUCAUUCUUCUCACACGGCGGGUCAUGGGAGUCUCAGUAUGGAGAUUUCUUCUUGACUUGGUACUCGUCUCUUCUCACCUCUCAUGCAGACCGAGUCCUCUCUGUUGCUUCAUCAGCAUUUAGUGGAAGUGGUGUGUCAAUAAGUGGGAAGUUACCUCUCUUACAUCAGUGGAACAAGCUGAGAUCUCAGCCUUCUGAGUUAACAGCUGGUUUCUACAGCUCUAAUGGUCAUGAUAGGUACGAGGCAAUCGCAGAGAUCUUUGCUAAAAACUCUUGUAGAAUGAUAAUACCUGGAAUGGAUCUAUCUGAUGAGAACCAAUCACCGGCCUCUCUCUCCAGCCCUGAGUCGUUACUUGCAGACAUCAAAGCAUCAUGUAAGAAACAAGGAGUGGUUGUUUCAGGGCAAAACUCGUCUACUUCGGUCUCUGGUGGGUUUGAGAGGAUUGUUGAGAAUCUGAAGGAUGAGAGUGUUGGAAUUGAUCUGUUUACUUACCAGAGAAUGGGAGCUCUUUUCUUCUCUCCUGAGCAUUUCCAUGCUUUCACUGUCUUUGUUCGGAACAUGAACCAGGUGGAGCUGUCUUCAUACGAUCAAGCAGUAGAGGAUGAGGCUCAGACAGCGAGCAUAGGUUCAGCCACUGGUGUGCAUAGUUUGCAAACCGUUUGAUGAGUAUUUCCAUAUCUGUACGUAAAUAAAGAAGAAAGUCUCUUGUUAUCUUAGCAUUUAUAUAGAUUUUGUUGUAAUCCUGUACAAUUAUUUGUAUCGUUGUAUUCAUAAAACAUGAAUCCGAAGUUUAAGACAGAUCUACU